UCGAGUCUGGAGUUGAGGUUCCGCUGUCAGUGCAUGGGGUUUGGGAGGCCCCCGGACGGAAGCGGCUGCUGGGCUUUGGAGGCGUCGCGGCUGGCUUGUCAGCUUGCAGCUCUGUGAGCCACGCUCGGAAAACCCGCGUCCCAGACUCUCCUCCUCCACAGCGACAGACGCAGUUUAAAGUCACGGCCGUUUGAAAGGUGGUUGUGAUUGACAAGAGCUUGUGGUAAGGGACUGCUCUGCUCACCCUCGUCUCCAGAGGGGCCUCCAGGACCUAGAACACGUGGGAAAUCCUUUGCAGAACAACCUUCAUCUUUCUGCCUAAAUGACUUUUGUGCCAGUGAUACCAGAAGCCUACAGCCAUGUUCUUGCAGAAUUUGAGUCCUUGGACCCGUUACUCACAGCUUUGCGGCUGGAUUCUAGUCGUCUAAAGUGCACCAGCAUAGCUGUGUCUCGGAAAUGGCUGGCACUGGGCAGCACAGGAGGAGGACUCAAUCUUAUUCAGAAAGACGGCUGGAAGCAAAGGCUGUUUCUCUCUCACCGGGAAGGUGCGAUCACUCAGAUUGCCUGCUGUUCGCAUGAUGAUGACUAUGUUGCUGUAGCUACCAGUCAAGGUCUCGUAGUUGUUUGGGAAUUAAACCAAGAACGUCGUGGGAAACCAGAGCGAAUUCAUGUAUCCUCAGAACACAAAGGCCGAAAAGUUACUGCUCUCUGUUGGGACACAGCUGUUCUGAGAGUCUUUGUAGGUGACCAUGCAGGCAAAGUAUCUGCCAUCAAACUCAACACUUUGAAACAAGCAAAGGCAGCUGCUGCCUUUGUGAUGUUUCCUGUUCAGACAAUAAUAACAGUCGACUCCUGUGUUGUCCAGUUAGAUUAUCUGGAUGGAAGAUUACUUGUGUCUUCACUGACUCGAUCCUUCUUGUGUGACACUGAGAGGGAAAAGUUUUGGAAAAUUGGAAACAAAGAAAGAGAUGGAGAAUAUGGAGCUUGUUUCUUCCCUGGAAAAUUUGCUGGGGGCCAGCAGCCUUUGAUUUACUGUGCACGCCCGGGCUCCAGGAUGUGGGAAGUGAACUUUGAUGGGGAAGUGCUGAGUACACACCAGUUCAAGAAGCUCUUGUCAUUGCCACCCCUUCCUGUGAUCACUACAAGAUCAGAGCCUCAGUAUGAUCCUGCAGUUGGAUCCUCCCAGUCUUUGUCAUUCCCCAAACUCUUGCAUCUUAGUGAACACUGUGUGCUGACAUGGACAGAAAAAGGAAUUUAUAUUUUCAUUCCUCAGAAUAUUCAAGUUCUUCUUUGGAGUGAAUUCAAGGAUAUUCAGGAUGUAGCUGUCUACAAGAAUGAGUUGUUCUGUUUACACUUUAAUGGGAAAAUCUCCCAUCUUUCCCUGUUGUCUGUUGAGCGCUGUGUGGAACGCCUAUUAAGGAGAGGCCUGUGGGACCUGGCUGCUCGCACGUGCUGUCUCUUCCAGAAUUCUAUCAUUACCAGCAGAGCAAGAAAAACACUGACCGCAGAUAAAUUAGAGCGUUUGAAAUCGCAGCUGGACCUUGUAACCUGCAGUGAACUAAUUUCUCACCUGGAUGAACUGGUCUUAAAACUUGAGCCUUUGGAUUCAGCUUGCAGCAGUAGAAGAAGCUCCAUUUCAUCACACGAAAGUUUUAGCAUCUUGGACUCUGGUAUUUAUCGGAUCAUCAGCAGUAGAAGAGGCAGUCAGUCCGAAGAAGACUCUUGCUCCCUUCACAGUCAGACCUUCUCAGAAGACGAAAGACUUCGAGAAUUCGCCUCACCCCAGGAAGAAGAACAGCCAGAGCAGGACUGUGGAGCAAACAGAAAUGACGACAAUGUUUCCCAUGGCCCAGUGAUGUCUGAGACAGAGAAGAGUGAAGCUUUUUUGCCCUUCAGCAUUCCACUGCCAUUUCGUUCCCCAUCUCCGCUGGUGUCUCUUCAGGCUGUUAAAGAAAGUGUUUCUUGCUUUGUACGUAAAACAACUGAGAAGAUUGGCACCCUUCACGCAAGCCCGGAGCUGAAAGAGACAUUUGAAUCCAAGGAUGUUGACCAAGAGGAAGUGAAUGCAGUUACCUGCCGUCUAGAGGAAGACGCUGAGGAGAAAGAAAUUAGUCAACUUCCUGAAGAAGACAGGCUUCAAGAACUCAGAGCAGGGACAGCGGAAGCAAUGACCAAGUUACUGGACCCUCUGGUUUUAUUUGAACCCAAGUCACUAAGAACAGUUUUACAGAAAUGGCUUUCACAAUUAGAGAAAACGUUCGCCUUGAAUGGCUCUGCUGGCAUUUCCUGUAGCAGCAGUCUGCCUGUGAGCCCGGAUGUGCACCUCCUUAGUGAGUCAGAAGAGAGAGGAUUAGAUGAAGACAGUGAAGAAGAAAAGAGGAAUUCUUUAGGCGUUGAAGAAACUGGUGGUCAUACAGCCUGUGAAUCUGUAAGCAGCCUCAGUGAGCCCUUGGGCGACAUUUUUCGAGUGUAUUCUCCAUAUACCAUAUCAAACAGUCUUCAGAAAGACCUGGCAGAAUUGACAACGCUGUGUUUGGAACUAGGUGUGCUGACUUCUGUAGUGGACAGCACAGGUGGACAUGUGGACUGUGCUUUACAGCAGCUCUCUCCUGAGGUCCUGGCUUGCCGUUUCCUGAAGAAGUAUUUUUUUCUCCUGGACUUGAAGAGAGCAAGGGAGAGUAUCAAGCUAAGUUACACCAACAGCCCUUGUGUUUGGGACACUUUUGUUGACGGACUGAAAGAAGUGGCAAGUUCUAAUCCUGCAUACACGGAGAUGGAAGACAGAGACCUGCCUACAGCAUUACAGUUCCUGGAUGGCUCGGUCCCUUCAGAUAGCCCCUUGUUGAUCGCGUUUGCCACCCGAUUGUAUGAUAGGUUUGGGGAGUCUGCCCUUCGAGCCUUCAUCAAGUUUUACCCGUCCAUCUCGCCUUCAGACAUCGCACAGCUUUGCCGUCAUCAUCCAGCUCAGUUUUUGGCCUAUCUCGACAGUCUGGUGAAGUCAAGGCCUGAAGAUCAGUGGCCAUCCUUCCUUGAGUUCCUUCUACAACCGGAAUCUUUAAGACUUGACUGGCUGCUUUUGGCAGUGUCCCAUGACGCUCCGCCAAGCACAAGUACAGUAGAUGAUGAAGGACAUCCCAGGCCCCAUUCACAUUUGCUUUCCUGGGGUUAUAGUCAGUUGAUUCUUCUUCUGAUUAAACUUCCUGCAGACUUUACAACCAAAGAGAAAAUGACUGACAUCUGUAGGUGCUAUGGUUUCUGGCCCGGAUAUCUUACACUGUGUCUGGAGCUGGAGAGGAGGAGGGAGGCCUUCACCACCAUUGUGUAUCUGAACGACAUAAGUCUGAUGGACAGGGACAAAGGGUGGAUCCCUGAGACCUUGGAGGAAUGGAAGCUUCUCUUACAUCUACUACAGAACAGGAGCACAAGGCCAACUCCUCAGGAGCCACUAAAUGGGAGCCUGAGUGAUGGGCCUGCUCCCAUCAAUGUGGGGAAUGUGGCACUCCUGUUAGCUAAGGCCUUGGGCCCAGAUCAGGCCUGGUCACUGCUGCAGGAAUGUGGUCUGGCCCUUGAGUUGUCAGCAAAGUUUACCAGAACCUGUGACAUCCUGAGGAUCACUGAGAGAAGGCAGAGAGCAUUGAUACAAGGCAUGCUUGAGAAAUGUGACCGGUUCCUCUGGUCACAGCAGGCCUAGUGGGAGAUCUUCCAGGACAUGGUAUCAUUUUGACCACAUGGACUCCUGCUCCAGAACCUUCAGAGGGCCUUGUCGCAGAAGGAAAGGGGAUACCUGAAACCAUGCCAAUACCAGAACCUGCCAUGCUGCUGCAGCUGCUGUUGCCACCAUCUCCACCUUGGCACGUGGCACUUGUGCCUCUGUGACCUCAAAGUUCGUCAACCAGAGUUGGUCCUGGGACAAGUUGGUUAUUCACUGGGACAAGCGUGGGAGUGCUCGCUGCCAUGUGUUUUCCGGCUUACACAGUGGUGUUCGCACUGUUCGUACAUCAGGGAAUUGUGCUCUACUGUGGCAGCUCUGUUAGGGGCGGACACUUUGUUACACGAGGACAGAUAAUGUUAUGAACUGGAGUUCAGUACUGUUUACACUGUCUGAGGCCAUCUAGAAAUCACUGAGAUAGGACUAGAACAAUGACUUUUUCGUUGACAAUAUGUAUUGAACGUUGAAGAUUCAAACAAGAGUUUUAAAUAAAAUUGCCCAUAUCUGAGUUGAACUCAAUUUAGAGUAUUUUUCUAGUAUUUGAUAUGUUUUCUAUUCUAAAUCUAUACAUAUUGACUAAUCAUUGGAAAUAUAUUUGUUGCAGAAUUUCCUGUUGGCCUGGUGCCAGAGAGUUAGCAACUAGCACCCAGCCCCAAUCCAUCCUUUGUGCACAGAUACCUUCUGUUGCCCUAUGUGGAUCUUGUCUGAGAGUUUCCCAAGGAUACAAACCCUAUGCAAAACUUGGUUUGGAGGAACCCAGAAAAUAUGAUAUGAUUUAUCGAGAGUUUUCACUUGGCUGUAUUUUUGGAAGCUUCAGUCAGGUUGUUUUGAGCAUAAGAAAAUCAACUGGCUAACGUGUAAAUAUGGGAAAAGUAGUAACGCCCUGGGCGAAGGGAAAGUGCGUCAGUCCACUGAGGGUGGGGGCCCUGUGGCCGCCAAAGGCUAAGUUCAUUCUAAGGGUGUCUCUCUCUGAGUCUUCAUUACACAGACUUGUGAACCCACACCUGUGCUGUGACAUCAUGACUGUAAUGUUUAAAGAGAGUUACUCAAAAGCAUCAUGAGCCGGUUGUGGUGGCGCACGCCGGUAGGAUUUGCUGAA